ACUAGCAUACCUCUUUUACAUAGAAAAUAUGCGAUUGAAAAUUCUGCUAGUUGGUCCUUGUAAGUCUGGAAAAACACGCAUUGCUAAUCUCGUCUCGGAAGCUGUUGAGGAGAACAAUGAAUUUGAAUACAGACCCACUCAUGGAGUGCGUAUAUUGGAAUACGAACCGCCUAGCUCAAUUUCUAGUAAAUGGGUAGCAGAACUUUGGGACUGCAGCGGAGACGCAAAAUGCGAGUCUUGCUGGCCAGCCUUUCAGCACGGAGCGCAUGCAGCAAUUUUAGUCAUCGACUCGUCAAAACCUGACCAUGUCAAAAGCGCAGAGAAGUUUUCACAAAUGUUGGCAAACCGACCACCAGGGUUCAAUCACAGUUUGGUCCUGCUGACGGGAAAUGGGCCUUCUAGUGUGAAACUUACCGGAGCAUGGGCAGAUGCAAAGCAAUUCAAGGUAGACAUAGCUAAAGACGGAGGACAGGCUCUGCGACGGGAGGUGGCGAGUUUCAUGUCUGACCUGGCAGAGGCAUCCUGGGCGUCCAAGGACAGAGAGGAAUUCAGCUUGAUUGGAAUUAACUGACAAAAGAAUUGUUUCAAAGAUUAUAAUUUUUAUUUAUUUCAUGUAACUUUUGAUCGUAUUUACGUUGGACGAUAAAUUAUUACAAUUUUGUUUGUUGGUAUAAUGCAUUAAGAUGUAAAGAAAUCUGAGGCUAUUAUUAUUAAUAAAAGUAUAUUAUGUACAUCAGUCGUGAUGA